CUUAGUAAUUGUUCAAUACUGCAUCUCUCUCAGAUCAAACUCUAACCACAACGGCUUCUCUCUCCCUCUCUCCGGUAGCUGGAAGGUUGAUAUAUUAACGUUUUUUUACUAUUAUACAGGAUCGAAAAUGUUUUUCGAUGGAUAUGGAUAUCAUGGGACCUCAUUUGAGCAGAGUUAUAGAUGUUACCCUGCAUCUUUUAUUGAAAAGCCACAAAUUGAAAGUGGUGAUAAAAUUAUAAUGCCUCCCUCAGCCCUUGAUCGCCUUGCAUCUUUGCAUAUUGAUUAUCCAAUGUUGUUUGAGCUUCGGAAUAAUAAUGCUGAGCGAGUCUCACAUUGUGGGGUUCUGGAGUUCAUUGCAGAAGAAGGCAUGAUCUAUAUGCCAUAUUGGAUGAUGGAGAAUCUGCUCCUCCAAGAGGGUGAUAUUGUACGAGUGAAAAAUGUUACACUUCCCAAGGGAAAAUAUGUUAAACUCCAACCUCACACAAAGGACUUUUUGGAUAUUUCUAACCCCAAGGCCAUCUUGGAGACAACACUAAGGAAUUAUUCCUGCUUGACCACUGGGGACAGUAUCAUGGUUGCGUAUAACAAUAAGAAAUAUUACAUUGACAUUAUAGAGACAAAGCCUUCUAAUGCAAUCACCAUCAUUGAGACAGACUGUGAGGUGGAUUUUGCGCCACCCCUAGAUUACAAGGAACCUGAAAGGCCUAUUGCAUCUGCUUCUGGAAAGGCAACAUCACAAGUUGAGGAGGCUUCUGUGGAGACUGAACCAAAAUUCAGCCCUUUUACUGGAUCUGGGAGGCGUUUGGAUGGGAAACCUUUGGCAUAUGAGCCUCCACCAGUUUCUUCCUCAGUGUUUAAGGAUAAGCAACCUGCCGUUGCUAAUAGUAGUGGAAAACCUUCUGCAGGCUCUAGUUCACAGAGUGCCGCAAGCCAAACUCAAGGAAAACUUGUGUUUGGAUCAAAUGCAAGUCGGGCUCCCAAGGAAACACAAAAGGAAGCUGGAAAAGAGAAAAAACCGGAGGAACCCAAAAAGAAAGAAGAGCCAAAGUUCCAGCCCUUUACUGGGAAAAAGUACUCACUGAAGGGUUGAUUGAUUUAUUUAUCAGAUUUCUUUCAAUUUAAUCUUCCUUGUUCCUUCCGGCUGAAGGAAAAAUUACAGAACUAAAAUGAUCUGGAUGUUGUAUCAUGGAAAAUGCAGACUUUAGGCCAUCAUGUUACACUGAAGAAAAAGAGAAUUUAUGUUAUAUCAUAUCCUGUUUGAUUAUGAAUCA